GAAACUUAGUUUUAUUUUUAAUAUUAAUAGUUUUUGUUCUGAAUUAUUAUGCAAGCAUUUAUGAUAUUAAUUAUUUUGUUUCAACACCACAUUAGGCCCAUUUUAUUUAUAUUAGAUUGGCAACUUGUGCCUACCUAUUUCUGCCUUCAAAUUAUGUGAUUCCAAAGUUUAGGCUCCAUAUAGUUCUGAUAAAUGGGUCUACCAUGGUAUCGAAAUUUUGCCAUGUGAAUGCCAUGAAACUACCCUCGGGACUACCAAUUAGUCAAAAUGUUGCCGCCCCAGUUGCCAGUGCAAAACUGAACGACGAACUUCUAAUUUCCCUAGUUUAUGCCCGGAAGCCACUGUGGGACUUCAGAACCCCACUACAGGCAAGGCAGGGCAAUAAAGUUAAACAGUUGUGGGAAGAGGUUGCAAAUCUGUUGGGAGGCCUAUUUACAAUAGAUUUAGUAAAAAAAAGAUGGAGGCAACUGAGGGAUGACUAUAUGAGGGCUAAGAAGAAGGUAACUGCCUAUGUACCAAGUGGUGCUGGUGCUGCAGAUGUACCUCCAAGGCCCACCUUUAAGUAUUAUGACUUAAUGAAGUUUCUGGAGGAAACCGAUGAAGAUACAAUGACUAUUUCCAAUGUAAGCUUGCCCUGCUUGUCUCCAUCAUCAAUGUCUCGAGAGUGCCAAUCCACAGAAGUUCCUAUGGCAACAAAUGUGUCAACUCCAUUUAAAAGCCCUACAUCUGUCGCUCCAUCUUCUACUUUGGGAAAUAAAAGAAGGAAUGCUAGAAGAGGAGGAGAUUAA